CGGAAUUAUCGAGAUAACUGGAAAUCUACCUGCUCCUGAUUACAGGUGUAUUUUGUUCCCAUAUAGCAAUUCACAAUUAUCUAAUUGUUAUACUUAAAACAAUAUGUAUCGUGCCGAUGGACAUAGCGAUAAAAAUACAGAUUUGGAAUCAAAUAAGUCAAGAAAACGGACCCAAUCAUGCAGCAAUAUGAUAGAUGGCGCAUUGAAUUCACUGAGGGGCCAUAUGUGUGUUAUUUGCCUUGUGGUCAUCGACCUCCUUCUCACCACAUUCCUUCUCCUUAUUCACCUUAGAGUUAUACAAGUGCCCCCAUCAGUGACUCAGGCCCCAGUCACAUCCCAGGAUAAUGUAACAGUGGCGCCACCUACAACCAGAACACCACCUAGUGGCCAAUCAUCUGUUGACACUGCUGAGCUUGUGCUGCACUACAUACACAUUGCAUUCCUCUCAGUGUUCUUAAUAGAGAUUAUACUGAGGUUGGUCAUAAAAGGCAAAGAUUUCCUGAAAGAUUGCUGGCAGACAUUUGAUGCAACUGUUGUCAUAGCAACUUUUGCACUCUACCUGAUCUUCACACUAGUGCCAUCUAUUAACCGAACUGUGAGAUACAGCAUUGGCUACAUCCUGGUUCUUAGGUUAUUUAGAUGCACAAGACUCGGGGAAAGUAUAGAAAAACCUAUACAGGUGGAGACACAGCGCAUGUUGUUGUCAGAGAGAAGGAAGAUGAAAAGAAAUGAUGACGAAAUGUCCUCCAUGAAGAAGCAAAUCGACCAACAGAAGAGAGCACUUGAUGACCUGAGAAGUAGACUAGAUGAGAGUGGUCUCCCAAGUAGACAGAGUGAAGUUUCUCUCAAAGGUCUAGGAGAUGCCUCUAGUAUAGACUCCCCAUCUAGGCAAAUCACAACUAUAGCCACACAAACAGUUGAGAAUAUAGAAGAAAUGUACCAGCAAAUAGAGGAGUCCUCAUCCAUAGCCAUUUUGGAUGCUAUAGUUGAUCAGUUCUCCUCACCUCCUGUUGUGCCCAAUAAUAAAGACCCUCUUGUUGAAGAAAUCAAGGAUAAAAAGGCACCUGAACUGCCAAGCAAUUAUGAAGAUAGUUUUGACUCUGGUAAAUAUUCCUACGUGAAUCCCUGCUUUGACAAUGAGGAAACCCCAAAUAUUCCCACCCCUCCUGUUGAAGGCAAUAUCAGUGCACACAUUGAACAAAAGGACACCAAAACAGAGGACCAUGUUGCUGAUGCUGCGAAGUCCACCAAUAAUGAGCCUAAUGAGGAAAAUAGACCUCAAAGCUCCAAGAAAGAUGUCCAGAAUGUACUAACAGAGUCCAACAAUGCUGAUUUGACCCCUUCUGCUUCUAAACAGGAAGACGAUGCUGUGAAUGGUGAAACUGCAAGAGAAAGCACUGAGAGUAUACAGUCACAACUGACAAGCAUCAGAGAUUUGGUGGACCAACAGACACUCAAUGAGAUACAGAAAAACAUGGGAGAUGACACUAAAUAUUUCAAGGAGGGGGUUCCUACUACAUCAUUGUAAUGUUUAGACCUAUACAGGCACCAAAAGCAUGUGUGCCUAGGGUGCCUCGGCUGAAAUUCUUGCUUUACUACUCUAGUCUGCUCUCAGAACUGCCAGUGCUUUAGCGAAAAUAAGGAAGAAAAUGAUUAUGUCUCAGCUAUGAAAAACGAUAAGAAAUAUCAUUUUAUUUUAAAUCGGUAAUCAGUAGAUUUUGUAUUUCAAGCUUAUGCAAUUAUAUAAGGGAUGAUGUCAUCAACUACUUUAAUCACAAGUCCAGUCAAACCACAAUCAGUUCAUCCUUGUAUAGUUGGUAAAGAGAGGCAGAGCAUUGUGUGCUAGAUUUAUUACUCUAGGAGGAUAUAUAUUUCCUAUUUAGUAUGGUGUUCAACAGCAUUACUAGGGUUAGGACCAUAUCAAUAUCACAGUUCCAUUUAUUUAAGAAAAAAAAUAUAGCAAAGACAUAUAUUCCAAACUUAUCAAAAACAUAAUCUUUUCACUCAAGUGCAUAAUUUAAUAGAUUUUUUAUUAGAUGCAAGUGUCACAUUUGUAACACACUAGCACUUUAAAUAUGAACGCUAUCACAUUUGUAACACAUUAACACUUUAAAUAUGAAUGCUGGACAUUCAUUCACUUUGUGCAAUUUAGGAGAGUAUUGGAGAAUUGGAAACAGGCUUUCAAAUUACAUUUUGUAUUUUACAUAUACAUAUUUACAAAUUGAGAUCUUCAAAAACCAGGGUAGCAUUAUGGUCUCUACAAGAGAGGGAAUGCCCUAUGAUUCAUUGUUCACCAGUAUGAAUUCUGGGAUUUCUCCUCUUGGUCUCUAAAUCUCAUAUAUCACAUUUGUAGGUCUUUUAAAUCACAUUCCUAUUAGUUGUUAA